GAUAUUAAUCAAUCCACAAUCCACCCAAUGAUAAGUGCCAUUAGUGGGGAUACCAACAAACGUAAAUUGAGUUCAAAAAGAAAGGCACUAAAACAGAAAGUAAUAUGUCUGCAUACCUUAUGCCAUAUCAUUUUGAGGUUGUGCAAUGUGGACUUUGCUUUUUCUUCCACCACCAACCCAAAGGUCAUAAACCUUAAACCCCCCACCAUAUUUAACCUUCAUCAUCUUCUUCACGAGGAAAGCAAAAAACUGCUUUCAAUGGAGGGGAACACCUCCUCAUCUGAAUCAACUACAGUCCAAUCGACGACGCCAUGGAUAAUUGACACAGUUUUGCUGAUUCUCUUGAUCAUACUUAUCUUCUUGCUCUUUAUGUGCUACCUUAUGCCUUCUUUUCUCUACAACGCAUCUGAUUUUCUCCAACCCAGUUCAAUAAAGAAGUGUGUGGAUUACUUCGAUGUCUUACUCAUAAUCAUUGCAAUUUCAAGUCAUCUCUUAUCCAGGUAUGGAUCUAGAUCUAGUAGUGACAAUGACACCACUAGUGACAGAGACAACGAGAUAGUCACUUCACAAGCUGACACAUAUUCAUCUGAAGAGAAGUUUUAUGAUGCUCAACAGAAAUUUGGUGAAGGGGGAUUGAAAAGGAUCAGCAACUCUUACCCAGAUUUGAGAAACGAAUCACUUUGGGGAAUUGAAGAUUAUGGAUUCAAAUUCUUUGAUGACUUUGAUGUUGACAUGUACCGUCCGGUUCAAGUUGCUGAUAAUUGUAACUGCACAAGACGUAGAAGUAGAAGAAAGAAGAAGGUAGCAGAUUCUAAUGUGAAAGAAAUUCAGGUCGUACAUCCGCCUACUCCACCAAAAUCACCUCCCCCUGAGGAUUCAGUACCGGUCCAAACAUCUCAGAUUCAAGAUCACAAGGAAAUCCAAACCCUGCCCACUGAAAUUUGGAACUUUUCAGAAGAGGGUAUGUCGACAACAAAGAGUGGUAUGAAGAAGAGCAGCUCAGCGAAAGAUUUGGCUAAUCUAAUAGCUUCAUCGUUUAUUAACCAAAGAGAACGGAAAAGGAAGCAGAAGAUGAGAAACCUUCAAUCAAAUCAAAACGAGUCUUCACUUUCCGCAUCGAAGGUCCCACCGCCGCCGCCGCCACCGCCUCCACCGUCCAUCUUCUACAACCUAUUCAAAAGGGGAAGGAAAAUUAAGAAAAUGGUUAAUUCUGCACCACCGCCGCCGCCGCCUCUGCCGCAGCGUUCCGUAUUCAACAAUCUGUUCAAGAACGGCAACGUGAGCAAACAGUUCCAAUCAAUAACCGGAUCGGCUCUACCUCUGCCGCCGAGUUCUGUUAUCAAGAGCAAACAGUUACAAUUAGUAUCUGCAUCAGCUCAAUAUUCAAUCUUCAACAAUACCCUUCAAUCUGGUACCGAAUUCAAGCGAUUCAACUCAGUCUCUUCUCCACCUUCGCCUAAGCCGCCACUGAUAUCGCAAAAGACGAUGAACUAUAACGACGAAGACCAAUCGCCUGCAGUCCAUAUUCAGUUGCUGCUGCCGCCGCCGCCGCCUCUCUCUGAACUAGAAUUGGCGGAGGAAAUUGACCGGCCUUCUUUCGGCUCUCCCCCCGACGUGGAAGAAGACGUCAAUAGUGUUUCGUCUGAAUCUACUACGGCCGGAAGAGAUGUAUCUGGAUGGAUGAUUUGUCCAACUCCAGAUGUGAAUAUGAAGGCCGAUACAUUCAUUGCAAGACUCCGAGGUGAAUGGAAGACAGAGAUCAUGAAUUCCUUGAGAGAGGGGGGAGAGAGUUCUGGGAUUUAGACCCAUCAAUGAGACCGAUCAUCAAAAAUCUUAACUUUUGCAGAGUUUGUUGUAGCCCAAUAAAUUUUUCCAAGAAAAAUAUAUCAAAAUUGCAACUUUUUGUU